AAUUGAAGUCAGUAUGAGUGCUAAUGAAACCAACCUUGAUGAUCAAUUAAAAGCACAAUUGACUGAAACAAACAAAAUAGGAUCUGGAAAAUUUGGUUCGGUUUACAGAGUGACCAAGGACCAUAUUAAAUAUGCUCUCAAGGAAAUCCAAUUGACAGAUGAACUGAAUGAAAAUGAGAAGAAAGAUCUCAGAGAGCUGUCAAUCAUGAAAGAGUUGAACAACAGCCAUGUGGUCGGGUAUGUCAUGUCGUGGACUACACCCACCGUUAUAUACAUAAUGAUGGAGUUGUGUGAAUGCGAUCUCAAUGAAUUGAUUGAGUCAAUGACAGCCAUAUUUAAAUGCGCCGACAAUGUAGAGCCCAACCAUUUCGAGUACUUCGUGUCGUAUCAUAUAUUUCAUGAGAUAGCACAGGGAGUCCAUUAUAUUCACACCCAAACACCCCCUGUAAUGCAUCGGGACCUUAAGCCACCAAAUAUCCUGAUGGCCAGCGAUGGUAGUUUGAAGCUAGGUGAUUUUGGGUUGGCUAAAGUUAGGGACAAAGGGUCGAUGACACACACGGUAGGGGCGGGCAACGAGACUUAUAUAGCGCCUGAAGUUAGCGAACCUAAACGAUUACGCCACCACUACAAUGAAUUGUGUGAUAUGUAUAGCCUGGACCUGAAUCCUGAUGAAUUGACUGCUGAUGAACUGAGAGAGUUGUCAAUCAUGAAGAACCUGAAGGGUAAUCAUGUGGUCGAGUAUAAGAUGUCGUGGACUAGGGAUGGCUUUUCAUACAUAUUGAUGGAGUUGUGUGAAUGCAAUUUGAAUGUAUUGAUUGACUCCAUGAAAGGGCUGACCAAAUGUGACGACAAUGUAGAGCCCAACCAUUUCGAGUACUUCGUGUCGUUUAGUAUAUUCCAUGAGAUAUCACAAGGAAUCCAUUAUAUCCACUCAUUCAAACCCUAUCCCAUUAUGCACCGGGACCUCAAGCCAUCCAAUAUUUUAAUGGACAGGAAUGGUGUAUUGAAGCUAGCAGAUUUUGGUCUGGCUAAAGUGUUGUCGGACAAGGGGUCGGUCACACACACAGCCGGUGUGGGCUCGGAGGGGUUUAUGGCACCGGAAGUAAGUCAUAGCAGUAAUAAUCAUCACUACAAACAGUCGGCCGAUAUAUAUAGCCUGGGUAUGUGCGGCCAGAAAAUAUUUGUCUAUAACCUGUAA